AUCAUCGUCUGGAUUACUACUCGAGGCGUGGAUUUUGGCUUUCAUUACUCUCUCUUUCCUCUGGCAGCCAUCAACAACCCACAAUGAAAAUGUCUACUUUGAGCCAUAAAAAAGGCAGAGAAAGUGAGAGAGGGCGAGCCAGUUUUUGUCUUCAAAAUGUCCCUCCUCGUUUCUUUCACAUGAUUAAUCAUGUCCGUUAAUAAUCUCUUUCUCUUUCAGCUUCCUGACAACCUCUGAACCAGACAAUAUCAUUCAAAUCCUACUGAUCUAUUCUCUAAAUUUUCUCUCUAUAAAGCCAUAUGGAUACGUGGGUUAAAUUGCCAGAACAGCAUCGGUACAGGAGAGAAAACCCUUCUUUCUCUUCAACUCUUCUCGAUACUAUCUACCGUUCCAUUGAUGAACCCAACGGUGGUAAAGCAAAAGAAGAGCUGAUUUUCUACAGGGAGGCUGCCAUGGCGAAGAAGCAUUCGUUCAAGAAAGAAGAAACGACGAGCCUUCAACGUGCUUGCAUGAUCGAGAAAUGGAUGGAAAAGAAGGCUGAUGAUAAUAAUAUUGUUUUCAUUAGAAGAAAACCCGUUGCGGAUUCUCAAAGAAACUUCCGAAAUGACUUUGAUCCAAUGUUGUUCAAUUCCGGUUCCAGCUCUUCUGAUUCUAGCUCCGGUGGUGGGUUUUCAUCCUCCGAGACAGAUUCAUUUUACGGUGCAAAAUCAAGGUCAUCGUCUUCAGCAUCAAGCCAUUACACCACUCAUAGGCCUAAGCCUAUACGGACCGGCGUCUCAUCUCGGCAGCCUGAAGCCGAAAACAGUUUCGACGGCACCACACGGCAAAAGCAGAAGCAUGAAGGUGGUUCCGUGAGAACAAAAUCCAAGGCCUCGAAGAUUUACAGUGACCUCAAAAAGGUCAAGCAGCCCAUCUCUCCAGGUGGUAAACUUGCAAGCUUCCUCAACUCACUUUUCACAGCAGGGAAUACGAAGAAGACAAAGAUUUCAUCGUCAAAAUCCGACCAGUCAACACCGACGUGUUCUUCGGCUUCCUCGUUCUCAAGAUCUUGUCUGAGCAAGACUCCAUCUUCAAGAGGGAACGGGACCAAAAGGUCGGUCAGGUUUUGUCCGGUUAACGAAGUUAUUCUAGACGACGAGAACAACUGCCGUGAAAAUGAUCGUCAAAUUCAAUCGUUGGUCGGGUCAAAGCCGACAAGCAAAGAGUUUGAGUUCCGGAUCAUGGAAGAAAACCGCCGAGUUGUAGAAGCUGCAAAGGAGCUUUUAAAUAGUUACCAUAAAACGAAGGACGAGUAUGAUCUGGGAGGUAUCUGCAACGUCAAUGCAGUAUCUACCGACGAUGACGACGACGACGAAGACACCGCUAGUUAUGCAAGUUCCGAUCUCUUUGAAUUGAAUAAUCUGUCAGCUAUCGGUAUCGAAAGGUAUCGAGAAGAGCUGCCCGUGUACGAAACAACACGUUUCGAUUCUAAUCGAGCCAUUGCCAAUGGUUUGUUUGUGUAAAAUUAGCAGUAAUUAGCUAGUUGUAUCACUGUU